AUCCCCGUCGCGCGGACACUCGCCGGCAUGGACGUGGCAGGGAGCGCUCUGGAAGCGCCCUGGUGCCCUCCGGGCCCCGAGGCAGGCGCCCGUCCCUCACCGCUGGGCCUCUCACCCCGCGAGGCUUCGUCCCCGUCCGGCUCGCCGCGUCACGCCCUGCUCGUGGUGCUGGGCGAACUCGCCAGCGAGAAUCAAGUGCGGGCCGCGGUGGCGGACGUGGAGAGAGGUGUGCGUGCCUGGGACGUGGACUCCACGUCGUGCCAUCUCGACCAGCAGCUGCAGCUCUUCGUGUCGCGACACUCGGCCCGGUUCUCCUCCGAUGUCAAAGGGCAGAAGACCCUGCAGCACAGCAGCGAUGAGUUGGACACCGUGGUGCUGAUCAACCCCUCGGAAGAGGCCGUCGGAACCGAGGUGCGCACUCUCCUCCGGGGUCCGGCGCACCACAAGCUGCUCGUGGUGUCCGGCCAGAGCCUGGAGCCCACGGGCGACAUCGCCCUGCAGCAGGGCUACGUGUCGUGCCAGGGCCUCGCCAGCAUCCUCACCGAGCCCGAGCUCAGCGCGCAGCUCUGCUCCGCACCCUCAGACGCGCGCGCCCACCUCACCGUCGCGUGCCCCGACGACGGCGACUGGCGCGGCGGCGCCCUGGAGGCGCUCGCCCUCACGCCGGGCGACGCAUUCAUCCGAGUGAGCGUCAACCCCCCCGCCCCCGCCAGCGCCCCCGCCGGCGCCCCCGCCGGCGCCAACAACAACGGCAGCGCCGCCGGUGGAGACGCAGCGAUGGACGGCCUCUCCGAGUUCACCGAGUACCUGGCAGAGUCCGUGGAGCUGCCCUCGCCGUUCGAGCUCCUGGAGCCGCCGACGUCGGGCGGCUUCCUCAAGCUGUCACGCCCAUGCUGCUACAUCUUCCCCGGCGGGCGCGGCGACUCAGCGCUCUUCGCCGUCAACGGCUUCAACAUGCUGGUGGACGGCGGCUCCGAGCGUCGCUCGUGCUUUUGGAAGCUGGUGCGGCACGUGGACCGCGUCGACUCGGUGCUCGUGACGCACAUCGGUGCUGACAACCUGCCCGGCGUCAACGGCCUGCUGCGCCGCAAGCUGGCCGAGGUGGAGGACGAGGAGUCACAGGGCUCGGCGGCCUACGGCGAGUGGAUGCGCAACCUCAUCUCACCCGAGAUCGGUGUCGUCUUCUUCAACGUGCCCGACAAGCUGCGUGCCGCCGCGACCGAGCCCGCGGGGCGCAAGGUGAGGAAGAGCUUCGAAGAGGCGCGCCAGACCCUGCAAUUGCUCGACGGGCUGGGCAUCGUGCCCGAGCCCUUAUCGCGGGCGGCUGGCGCCACAGCCAUUGAGCCCAUCGUGCUCUUCCAGAAGCUGGGCGUGGGGCGGCUCGACAUGUACGUGCUCAACCCGGUGCGGGACAGCAAGGAGAUGCAGUUCCUCAUGCAGAAGUGGGCGGGCAACAGCAAAGCCAAGACGGGCGUCAUGCUGGCCGGGGGCAAGGAGGGCGAGAUCGCCGUGCCCUACCUCACGUCCAUCACGGCGCUCGUCGUGUGGCACCCGGCCAACCCGGCCGACAAAAUUGUACGCGUGCUGUUUCCCGGCAACGCACCGCAGGGUAAGAUCCUGGAAGGGCUAGACAAGCUGAAGCAUCUGGAUUUCCUCAAGCACCCCGUGGCCAUGCAAAAGGAUCUGGGUGCCGGGCUCUUGCCAAAGCAGUCCAAGCUGAAGCAGAAGACAGACAGCAAGGAGAGCCUCAGGUCAUCGCCAAAGAUCCAGGCAGUCAAGUCGCCGCCUCCGCCACCGAAGGAAGGCAAAGAAUCAGUUGUCGUGGCGAUGGUGAGAGCCGUGGAAACGACGCCUGGCGAUGAAAAGUGCCGGCCGCCGGCAAGUGCCAGCGAGAAGGAGGCUGAAUGGGCGGGUGACAUAAAGGCAGAGAGAGCCGAAGCCAAGCUGGAAAAGCCAGAAGUGAAAAAACCGUCGGGGAUCAAAAGGGAAAAGGGCAAACUGGAUGCUUCGAAACCGAAAACAAUGAAGAGGAGCUCGAAGGACAAGUCGGUGGCCUUGAACGAAAAUAAGGCCAAGGAGCAGGAGAAGAAAAUGGAUGCCGCGAAAGAUGCAGCCCAUGAUGCAGAGAAGGAGCUCAAAAGGACCGACCACAAGAAGGAUGUCAAAAAGACAGAGAGGAAGAAUGGGGGCAAAGAUGACAAGGAAGUGAAGAAACCAUCCAGACAUGAAGUGAGGCCUCUCACCUCUCCCACGCCGACAAAGAAAGUGGCAGAGAAAGCCAAGGUUCUGAAGAAAGACGCUGAGCCAAAGCUCCUGCGCAAGGAGAGGACGCCAUCGCCGAAGCUCAAGCCUCACGGCAAGGCGGAGAAGAAGAAGAAGGAGGCAAAGCCUGUGAAGAAAGCCGAAGAUGCCUCGCAGGCCGCGGUCGCCAUUGCUGCUGCCGCCACCACCACCACUGAGCCCGAGGCAGAGAGAUCCCGGAUGACAACGCCAGAGGACCUGUCUCGGGAGUUCAAGGACUUGGUGGAAGACGAGAAGCUCGUCGAGGUGGAGGUGGCAGAAGAAGCCUUGGAAGCAGGAGGGUCGCCAAGUCCGGUUGCCGAUGCUGCUGACGCUGCGCCAAGUCGCCUAGAGAAGGAGGAGGUGGUGGAAGAGGAGGAAGUGGUGACAGUGGUGGAGCAGCAGCAGGAAGAUCUGCAGGAAGUCGAACAAGCUCACGAGGAGGAGGUGAAGACGCUGACGCAAAUUGAAGCUGACGAAGAGGAGAGGGGCGAGCGGUCUCCCCGUCGCUCGUUUUCAGAUGACACGCAACUCACAGCUAUCGAGGAGGAACCCGAGCCAGCAGAGCAGGCCGAGGCAGAGCCCAUUAGUGUCACGGAGCCCUGCAAAAAAGGAAUCGAUGGCGAAAAGAAGGAAGAUAAGGAGAAGAUGCACGACAACAGGCUUGAAGAGGAGGAGGAAGACAAACAUGACGAAGAGAAGGAGAAAGAAAGUGAGAGUGAAAAACAGGUGGAAUUUGAACUGGAGAAAGAGAAGAAGAAAGAGGAGAAGGAGGAGUGUGACGCCGCUGAUAAAUUCACGAGCGACCGACACCUGGAAGAUAGCAACAAGAACACAACACAGGAGGACGACGCGGAGGCCCGCGGCGGUGCUGAGCGCGAUGUUCAGCCAGACACCAAUCCGAACCAAAACAAUAAACCCGAGAUGCUGAGUGUUGACUCCUCGGAGGAAGAGGAGGAGCUGAGCGACAUCAGGGAGAAGCACGAGGAGGAGCAGAAGGAGUGGGCCGGAGAGACUGGCAAGCAGCUCCCGACGAGCGCCGGCAUCACGCCGGAGUCCCCGCCAGUGGAGGCCUCUCCGGGGCAGCACGACGCGGUGGCAGAAGCAACGGUGGGGGCAUCAGUGGCGUCGCCGGGCCCAUCGGACACCGAGCAGAUGGUAUCAGACGAAGACCUCCGUGAGGAGGCCACCCCCACAUCCGGCUUCACUUUCGCAUCACUGGAGAUCUCAGGCGAACCAACGCCCAUGUCCGAGAUGCCGACCCCGAAGGAGAGCAUGAGUGACAAAGAUGAGGAUGAGUCAUCGGGUGGCGAGGCCACGACGGCCGUGAUCCAGCACGCUGAGACAGAGCCCGCGGAGGCAGACAGGACGACCGUCGCCACCUUCUCCCCCCUGGCUCUCGACAGCUCCAGCAGCCUGGUGUACUCGAAGACCGAGGCCACGCCCGGGAAGGACUACAUUGCCAGCGCCUCGACGAUAUCACCCACUUCCUCACUGGAGGAUGACCGUUUCUUCAAAUAUCCCAGCGACGAAGGCAAAGCCACGGAGUCGCCAAAGAGGGAAGCUCAAGAGCUGCAGGUGAAGCUCGAAGAGCACGGAAGCCAGGCGGCGAUUGGCACGUCGCCCUCCCCCAUGGUCGACAAGACCCCAGACCUUGCGUCAGAUCUGACGCCGACCAACAUCGAGAAGACCCCUGCUUUGGAGAAGACGCUGCCAGUGGCAGCAGCUGCUGACAUGCCAGAGAAAUGCGCCAGCAGCCCUGAGGAGAAAACCCUGCAGAUGGACUCGCUGCCUGGCUCGCCGCAACUUGGCGUGGCGUUCACUCCCUCCUCCUACUCCCCAGCCGACGAGAAAAUCUACUUCCCCAUGGACGAACUCAGCCCUGACGCGAAUGAACGUGGAGCAGAGACCACCACAUCCCAACGGGAUGAUUCCGAGCCUGGGCGAGGAGCCACCCUGGGCAAUGAGGCCACAACGUUCUCGCCCACGGAGAAGACUGCAUCGUCGCCCAUGGUAUCGCCCGUGGCGUCACCCGUGGUGUUGCUUGCGUUUCCGCCAUCGCCCACAGUGCCGGAGCAGCAGCGAUGCGAGUCUCCAUUUGCAGAAGCUCCCAGUGUCCUACCUUUUGACAAAGAUGUGCAUGGCGAUGAUGACAGCGAUGGCAACGAAGUUUCCAAAAAGCCCCCUUCCGUGCACGACGCCGACACUGACAAACCGGUUGCCGCUUCUCACGACGAAACUCUGCAGUACAAAAAGGUCAAAUUCGAAGACUCACCGGCACUUCCCGAGCAGGUGCCGGAUUCGUUGGACGCCAGCACAACCACGGCACCCUCCAUCAGCCCCUUCGAUGACUCUAAGCCAUUGCCCCCAUCUGAGGCUAGCGGCAGGGGCUCCGGCAAGGAGGAGGGGAAGACCUUGUCAGAGCUGACGUUCUCCGACAAGUCCAUCACUCCACUGGAAGAUCCGCACAUGGGCCUUGAGUGCGAGCCGUCCGAAGAGUCGAUGUCCGAGCCAUGCAACCUCGAGUACGACAGCGUGUCAAAGAGUUCUGCAGCAAUAGACCAGGGCAACUUUGACGAGGAGUACAGUGCGUUCCUCCUGCAUGGCCAUCCCACCUUGGAAGAAUUCACCCUUCCCCCAUCGCCCUCCUCUGCAGCCACCACUCACUCGCCAAAAUCCCUCAAGCUGGAUGACAAAGCAAGCCACGGUGAUCUACCCGAGUUGCCGAUCUCCGCCUUUCAGAAAUCCUCCUCCUUGAGGCAGGACGGCGAGUUCACCCCAUGCCUCUCAUCCGAGUCGGAGUCCACGAGCACUGCCAGGUCAGUCAGAGAGCACGCGCUCGCCACCGGGGGAGGCGACUACGCUGCCGCAGCCCGGGCAGCCCCCUCCGUCACGCUGGCUGUCUGCCUCAAGAGGGCCCCGACGGCGCAGAAAGAGUCGUCCGCCGAGUCACCUCUCAGCGAGACGUCCUACAGCCUCAGCAUCGCCUCUGAGUCUGGCAGGAUGGAGAGCGAGCAGGGGCAGGCUCCACCGGUCAACGUUGGGCCGAGCACCGACUCCGCCGAGGGCCUGGCUUUGUCGCACAAAAGGCCAGAGCCUAAGAGAGACUCUUUCGGGACAUCGCAGGACUCCUCUGUCUCCGAGGCCUCUCACACUCUAGUUCCGUCGGAGAUGCUGGGCGACAUGGCUGUGCGGGGCGACCUCAAUGAGGGAUUGUCAUCAGCAUGCGGAGAGUCAUUAGCAGCAGUGUCCAGCAGGCCGGGAGAUAUGCCAGCUAUGGGAGACGCAGGCACCACAGACGUCAAGCCGUCACUUGGCGAGGACGCGGUUUCUCCCGCGACAAUUUCGCCGGAAAAAACAAUGGUGGCUCACGCAGCCGAGAAGCGCCCUAGCCUGGCCGAGGAAAUCCACGCCGCUGGAACGGCGAAUGAGUGUCUACAAGAAGCCGAGGAUUUAAUGCCGGCAGAUAUACCGACGGAGCAACAGCAACAACGGCCUCCCUCCGACUUGUUUGGCGCUGAGCCAUGGCCCCUGUCCAUCGCAGAGGAGAAUCGCGGGUCAUCUCUUGCGGCUGCGGCAGAGCCCCUGUGGCCAUGUGCUGCCCCUGUCGAGCGUUCGCUUGAGAGGUCUCCGCUUAGCGGCUCCAGCUCGUCCCUGGGCUCCGUGACCGAUGGCCCUUGCACCGGCGGCUCGUUUGCGUCCAGCCCAGCGGCCGAAGCCGACCCCAGCAGAGCACCAGGCAUGGGACAAGAAGCGCUGAGUGAUGUUGGAGGCGAGGGCCAAGAAGAAACGCGCACGCGGGCAGACAGAGCGACAGAGCAAGAGGUGUUGGCGCCGACAACCCCUGCCUCGCCGCACACGUUUGUGGGGACACGCGCUUUCGACGAUCGGGAUUCCGAGGAACUGCAGAGGUCUCCCCAAAUUGAAGCGACGGCUCAAAGCACAGAAGCAUUACCACUGCGCAGUCCCACUCUUAUGUCGGCUGCACUGGAAUCCCCAGGCAACGUGAGCUUCCUCAAUGAGGCAUCAUCCGCAGACAAAACAGCCACUGCGGUUGCAAGUCUUCCUCACUUCAGCGGAGAUGAUGACAGUCAAGUGAACGGGGCGUCUGACAAGUUGCCAACCAAGGUUCCUGAAAAGCCAACUUCUAAUGCUGAAGCAAAAGAUGACCUGGCGGUGGUGGCAGAUCAUGGGCACAAUGCUUCUCCUACCAAGAAAUCCUCUUGUGGGGAAAAUGCAGAUGAAAAAAUACUCAACCUGAUGCAGGAGAUAAGAGCUGAGAUCACCACACUGGCCGAUGAUGCCGGCAAAGAGGCGGCGGCGGCAGCCAUGUUGGUUGAAACCUCCCUACAGGCUGGCGGAGAAGCCUUCCUCGCGUUGACCCAAAUCCCAUCUUCUCAUCAACCUUCGGCCUCACCCUCGCCGCUCUCCCCACUCUCCUCGCCCGCGUCCCCCAAGGAGGCUCCUCCGCCCAGCGGAAAACACCCGAGCAAGGACACCGCUCGUUCUCCUGUCUCCCCGCAGGAGUCACCUGUCACCAAGAAGCUCUGCUCUUCCAAGUCUCCCGUGGCCGCCACCGCCCCCGCAAUGGCACCGUCGCUUGACAGCUUAAUCGCGGCCUCCAAGGCGGCGGCGGAGGCCCUGGUGUCGUCCGCGAGCAAGGCACAGGUGGACGAAGGCAGCCUCACAGAUUAUCCAACGUCAUCAGCCGAGAUGCCGUCGCGGGGACCAGGGGAGCACCGUGGGAGCAUCGACGCCACCCGAACGAGGUCCCCAGCGUUUGGGGGGCAGCCCGAGUUUUUCAAGGCGGAGUCGAAGAUGACGCUGUAUCCCAUCGAGGCCGUGUGUGACGCGGCCGGUAAAGGGGCGAAUAGACCAGACGAGCUCAACAUUUCCAAGCGCGGGCCACUGCUCGCCGGGCCUCCCUCACAAAUGACCACCGUCAACGAGGCCAGCAGGCCGGGUGAAGUUGGGAGAAGCCCGCCAAAGUCCCCAGCAAGUGCCAGGCCAGCCGAGUCAUCCAAAAAUUCCUCGCCAACGUCCAAAGACUCACUAUCACCCGACGACAGCGACACCAAAACUCCAGACACGUUUGACCUGAAACUCUCGGCUGGCGAUGAUGUCACAGCUCGAGAUGAUGAUGAGGGAGAGGAGGAGGGGAUGCACGGGAAUGGUGCCGGGCGUCCUGGCAAAGCGGCCCCUGAGGUAGCACCACCCGGCAAGCCGGCUAGCGAGAGUCCGACCUCCAAGUCGCCCAUCUCGGAAGAUUCGCUUAAAACCCCGGAAAACGCGGACGUUCCCAGGAAGCCGGCCGGAUUGCCAACAGACACCGUGGCCCCUGCACGGCCCGCGGCGGACACUGAGAAGAAGUUGGCGGAACAGAAGGACAAGGAGGGCAAAGAUCCCAGCGGGAAGUACAGGAGUCCAUUUGAGUCGACAGAUGAUGACGAAUCGCCCCUGUCCCCACCGCCCGAGUACAGCCUCAUCCAGCCCCUGGCAUCCAGGCUUUCCCCACUGCACGAUUUCUACGCCGACAUCUAUGGCAAAGGAAAAUCCCCCUCGCCGCCGAGCCUCCCGAAAACACCGCCGCUUGCUGGCACUGAGCCUACGGAGAAGUUCCCGUCAGCGGGGCUCGAACGGCGAGAGCAGGACGGGGAGAAGGACAUUGCUCCACCUGAGAAACCACAGCUCGACUCAGGAAUGCCGGAGGGCGCAGAGUGGAACAACAACCUCCCGCCAUACGUGCAGAUCGAUCGCAUGGCGAGUGCCUCCUACUCCAUGAUGGGGACGUUCCCGGGACAGGAUUACAAGUACUUCUACUCAGCGUUCACCACAGGAGAGAUCCCCCAUGUGGUCGCAAGUGAGGCAGAGGGCAAAGGGACGCCACCAAGGAAGGCCGAUAAGGAGCGCGGUGUGGAGGAGGAAGAGCGGCUCCGCCACACUCUGCGGCUACGGUCCACCGACGUCGACCCAGCGUUCUCCCCUCUGUCACCGUCACCGCUCAGCGACUCGUCGGCGUCGCCUGGUGGCGUGUCCCGGGGCUCCGAUGGCUUUGAGGCGGACCACGCCCCACCGACUCCACCACGGCGUGGCGAGUCGGGCUCGCACGCCGCUGAGAGCCGGCGGGAUGCGCCAGACAAAUGGGAACCUCGCGAGGCAAGAGCGGCCGAUGCUGCACCACCCUUGAAGGACGAGACGCCGGGAGAUGCGCCACGCCCUGCCAGGGAAGACAAGGGGUCGGCCGGGUCACCUGUCAAGCUCUCCGAUGCGCAUGGGGCUGAGAUCUUGGAGACGAUGCUGAUGUUCGAAGAGGCGUAUUCGCCGGACUCGUUGCUCGAAUCGCCGCAUCCCGAUGGCGAAACUGACCGAUCAGAGCACGGGGAGAUGGCCCCUGCGAUGAGCGAAGCUCCCGAGAGAAAGCGUGAUGUGGAGCUGGAUAGGGGCUCUCCACCUUGCGAGAAGCAAACGAUGCCGCACGCAUCCCUGCCCGCACCCGCAGCAGCGUCGAUGAAGGAUUCACCCAACUCUGAAGAGUCCGAUUUGGUUUCCAAGAGUGGAGCCGUGCUGCCUGAGAAGUCACCGACGGGCGCUUCUUCAUUCGCCCUCGAUGAGCAGGCGGCGGAUGCAGAAGAGGCGACACGUGUGAUUGUCCAACCCGAUCUGAUGCUCAUGCUGGCUGAGGUGUCUCCCCAGGCAUCUCCUUCGUGCAGCCCACAGAAACCGCCCACGCCUCCACCGCGCCCCGCGAUGGAGCUUGCGCCACUUCCCGGCGGAUGGAGCCAGAAGGCAAGACCAUCGAGCGUGACAGAGAACGCGACGCAUGACGAGGUGGAGCAGGGAGGAACGGCAUCACCAUUGUCACCGCCAUCGCCAUCAUCGUCGUCGACACCGGCGACCGAAUCUGCGUCAGUCAAAGAGAGGUCCGCGCUGCCGCCUCCCGCUGAAGUGAAAAACUACGAGCCGGGGUCACCCGCUUUGACUGCGUCGCCCACGUCGCCCAUCCAAACGAUGGAAAAACAAGUCCUGAAGGACAAAAACUUCUCCAUGCCGGCGACAGAGAGAGAGGGAAGCAAGCCGCAGGAACCCUGGGAGAUGAAUGUCUCCCACGUCUCCCGCACCGCAGGAGCAUGCCGUGGUAUGCCAGAGACGGUCUAUGCCGAGGCCUCCCGGUGUGGGCCCCACGAGAAGGCACUGGCUCAGGGGGCCACCUACUCGCCCGUGUCCCCCGAUACGUCGUCCGUCACAGAGCCAUCGCGGUCCUCUGGCUCCCCGCUGCACUCGCCGGCGCUCGAGUCAUCGCGCGCCGACAAGGAGCCUGGUUCUUCCAGCCGACAGGACGAGUCAGCGAGCACGCUCUCCUCCACCUCCCCCGGCUCGCCCAGCGCCGAGUACAGUGAGGGCCCGCGCUUUGGCGGCUCCUUGAGCGCAUUCUCGCUGGAGGCACACCUCCCCCGAGCACCAUUCGACAAGGAGGGGCCGAAGAUGAACUUCUGCUCGGGUCUGGACACAAAGCCCGAAGGUCAGACCGUGACUACCUUGGAUGUGAAGCCCGCGGGAAAGCCGCCGGCGAGGGACGGUGACGAUGAACCACAAGGCGACAGGCGCUCUCCGGAAGCGGCAACAUCGUCCACGAAGCUAUCACCCAUCUCGAAGUCACCAGUCUCUCCUGACAUGCUGGCUGGCAAUAAAUCUCCGGCGGGGGAGAUUUCUCCAGCCAAAGAUCGAUCUCCGCAGUUCGGUGGACAGCCUUCGACCCGCGGGGAGCAGACACCGACCAGGCCUCCUGCGACUCCGGUGUGGGCCAGCGACAAUCCACCAUCUCCUCGCGACAGCCCACCGUCUCCUCAUGGCAGCACGACCGUCUUCGCGUCCUCCGUCGUGACGCACAGGUUCCUGAGUGAGGGCACCUCACCUACGGUGGUGGCCUUGACGGAGCAGACAUCCGCCACUGCCAUUGGCAGCAGCAGCAGCACCGAGAAGCGACAUCACCGCGAGUGCAGCCGAGUGCCGCUCACGCUGGAAGGCAUCUCGCUCGCGUCGCCAUGCAAAGGCGGCGCCCGGGUGCACGUGAGCCCCGCCGAGGAGAGCCCCCCUUCGUCGGUCAGCGACUCGCUGCCCACACCCACCGACUCCGACCUUCCACUGGAGACCGAGGAAUUCCACUCGAUCGCCGGAGACGCCACGCUCGACGACUCAGAGGACGAGUCCGAGACGAUCCAAGCGGACGUUGCCAUCGCUCGACCGGUGCGGGCAUUGCCCCUCGCCUCUGCCUCCUCCUUGUCGUCAUCCUCUGUGCGGGAUCGGCCCCUGCAGCCGUUCGCAACCAAGGACUUGCCAGACCCACGGCCUCCGCCGCCCGACCCCGACGUCCACAUGAUGGACUCGGCGGCCUGGCCGGCCGAGAAGGACAGCGGGAGGCUCGCCACGAAGAAGGAGCUCAAGGAAAAGACGAAGAGCAGAAAGUCGACCAAGUCCCCGGCGAGGAAGAAGGCGGCGGGUGCAGUGAAGACGUCGGUGGCGAAGAGCAAGGAGAAGGAGGCAGAGAAGCUCGCCAGGGCCGAAGGGAAGGACAAGGAGAUGAAGAAUGCCACCAACUCGGCCAAGCUCGGCGCCAACCGCGCCAAGUCCCCCACAGCUGCGGUUCCACCAGGCCCGCCCAUAUACGUGGACCUGGCCUACAUCCCCAACCACUGCAGCGCCAAGACCGUGGACGCAGAGUUCUUCCGCCGCGUGCGCUCCUCGUACUACGUGGUGAGCGGCAACGACGCGGCGAGUGGCGAGCCCAGCCGCGCCGUGCUCGACGCCAUGCUCGACGCCAAGGCGCAGUGGGGCGGCAACAACAUGCAGGUGACGGUGAUCCCGACGCACGACACGGAGGUGGUGCGCGAGUGGUACCACGACUCGCACCAGCGCCAGCAGGAGCUCAACGUGCUCGUGCUGGCGAGCAGCAGCACGGUGGUGAUGCAGAACGAGUCGUUCCCCGCGUGCAAGAUCGAGUUCUGAGCUCGCGCGGCCUACGCCGCUCCACGCCUCGCGACCACGACCACGACGACGACACCGCAACCGCCACAGUCACAUCCACCGCCGUCACCACAACAACCACCAACACUGUAACCACCACUACCACCGCCGCCACCAUCGCCACCACCGCGACCGUAGCCAAUGGAUACCGCCACGGCCAUGCGCCAUCACCACGACAACCACCAACACUGCAACCACCACCACCAUGGCCACCUCCACUUCCGCGACCAAUGGAUACUGCUACCGCGAACACCACCGCCACCACCGAGCCGUGUACUCCCUGCUUCACCACAGCACCUCGUACCAACACCGGAUAUCCUUGCUGAUGAGAAGCUCCGUCCAUCGCACAGGGGAUUGACCAUUGUUUAACAUUUUAAAUCGGAAUACGACUAGGGCAAUGAAUCUCGCCGAGUAUUUCGUGCAGCAAGUUAGCGACUAGUCAGUUCUGCCGCUGUCCACAGCGAGACCGGGUGCCGGGUGACCCAAAGGUGUCUUCACCAGGCCUACCGGCCCCGGUCAAGCCAAGUCGUUACGAGUUUCACGCGCCUGAUGAUGAGUAAACAAAGUCAGUGUCACGGCGUAGAGACUGCAGAUUCACAACUGAAUAUCGAAACAGUACAUGUGUGUGUGUGUACGUGUGUGGUUCGCGCACUGCACUACGAAUCCGGCGACCCGAGUUUGAUUCCCUCUCACAGCCGAUCCGAGUGACGAUUAUCUGAACCGGUGCUGGGUCUCACCUAGGUCGACUCAGCCUCAAAUGAGUACCUGGUAGAUCAAUAAACAUGGCCACUAGUGAGACGAAAGCUGCCGGGCGUGGCACUGGCCACACACCCCCCCCCCCCUCGAAUGGCGUUUCUGGCCCAUUAAAUAGGUGCUCGCUAACAACACUUGCCCCAACAGUAUGCCCAGCAUCAGGCGCGUGCGGCGUGAAACGACCUCGCGUGCGUUAGAUUGGUGAACGUGAGAUUGGUGAACGCGUUAGAUUGGUGAACGUGAGAUUGGUGAACGCAUUAGAUUGGUGAACGUGAGGGAGGUGAGAGACGGGAAUAGGGCCGCUGAGCAUGGACUGGAGUCUGACCCAACCUGGACCCAUAGCCGAUUUGACCUGUCCUGACCUGACCCCACCCGACCUGACUCCACCCGACCUAACAUGACCCCACCCGACCUGACCUGACCCCACCCGACCUAACAUGACCCCACCCGACUUGACCCCACCCCACCUGACCCCACCUGACCUAACAUGACCCCACCCAACCCAACAUGUCCCGAUCUGACAUAAUUCUUACAUGACCGACCUGACGUGAACUGAUAUGACCCCACCUGACCUAACAUGACCUGACCCAAUCUGACCUGUCCCGACCUAACCCCUGGCGCUAUGAAUGCCCUGCGUGCGUGCGUUCAACCUACCUCCUCCUCCAGCGAGAGUCGGGCCCAUUGUGAGCCCAUCGCUGCAGUCCAAAUCCGCUUCAGCGGUUUCACUGAUUUGUGACGACGACGACGAUGAUGUCGUCGACGACGAUGCCGUCGAUUAUGACGACGACGAUGGUGAUGAUGGCGACGAUGGUUACGGUGAUUGCCUUAUAGUCUUCGACCGUGUGGAGGCGAGGCGUGAAUGUACGAUUUGCUGUCCAUGCACUUGGUCUUCUGGAUGAGCCAAUGAAGCUGCUCGGGGGGGGGGGGGGGGCGGGGGGGGGGGUCGCGCGUGGGAGUCCACGGCUCAUCUAUUCGUGUUUACCUCUCGCUUACGAUCCACACGCGAACGCCUGCGCAACGUACACCUUGCCUGCCUGCCUGCUAGAGAGCGCGCGUGUGUGUCAGUGUGUGCACGCAAGUGUACGGGGGGGGGGCGUAGCGGUUAGCGAGUUGAGCUACGAAUCCCGGCCACGCGAGUUCUCUUCCCGCUCACGGCCAACGCCCAGUGACGAUAAUGUGAACUGGUCCUGGGCCUGCCCUAGGUCGACUCAGCCAUGAUUGAGUACCUGGUGUGGUGUGUCGUCAACAUCGCCACUACAGAGACGAAGGUGGCAAUCGUGUGCCGUGCCGGCCUUCAUAGGUGCUCGCUAACAGCACUUGCCACCAAAGUCUGUUCAGGCUGUACGGGGGAUCUUUGUCAGUGUUGCGGGGAGCGGUGACACAGUGGUUAGCGCACUUGCGUCGCGAACCCAGCGCACCCCCCGAGUUGGAUUCCCGCUCACGGUCAAUAAUCACAGCGGUGGCGGAUACGUGAACCUGCCCUGCUGGGCCUCCCCUUCUCGGUCGAUGCAGCCGUAACACUGAGUGCCCGGUGCUGUUGUGGAGUAAACAUCAGCACUGGGGAGACAAAGGCGGCCAGGCAGGCGUGUGGAGCUUAUUUGUCCACCAAAAGCCCACCCCUCCCCGCCUGGAGUGGCGUUCCGGGGCAAGUGGGUGAAAAAAAAACCACACUUGUCUCAACAGUUUGUGAAGGCCAUCCGGGGGAUCUUUGUCUUUGUGUCUCUCUCAGUGUUAGCACGCUGCACAGGCUGGAAUGCAAAGCAAUGACGACUCGCGUCGAUGACUCUGCGAUGACUUAUUUCACGUACCGACUCAAUCGGAGGGUACGGAAAGCGGCAGGCUUCUAGCGAUGGGUAGGAAAGGAGAUUGCACUUUAUGUACGUGGAGCGUGUUGGGCUUCUUUCGCACCGUACGUAGCCAACCCAUGGUGAAUUGGAGGUGCGGGGGAAGGACCAACACGACGCUAAAACUCGGAGCACCUCGUGCGGAGCGACGCGUGUAUGAUUUGGCGUCAGGUACAGACCGAGAGAGGUUCGUGUGCGCCUCGGGUUCAUUGUUACACGCUUAUGGGAACUGCGCAUUCGCCCAAUCGGUUACGUGUGUUGGAAUUCAUUGAUUUAUUGCGAUCCUGCUUGCUGAUGAUGCGCUGGGUGAUGAUGCCGCUUCUGAUAAUAAUAAUAAUGAUUUGAUGAUGACGAUUUUGGUACAAGCACGGAUGAUGAUGAUGAUGACGAUGGUGAUUAAGUAGAUGAUUGUGAGAAUGAUACAAAUGAUGAUUGUGGAGACGCUGCAAAUGAUGGUGACGGUGAUGAUGUAAUUGAUAGCUAUUAUACCGCAGGUGAUAACGCAGCAGCAGAUGAUGAUGAUGGUGAUUUUGAUGAUGAUAAUGGUAUAGCACAGAUGAUGGUAAUGUUAUAGAUGAAGGUGAGAAUGAUGCAUACGUUGAUGAUGCUGACGAGGCUGCUGAUUAUGCUGAUGAUAGUGAUGCUAUGUCCAGGGUGCAGUUAAUGACGCAACAGCAGUAGAUUAGGAUGAUGAUAAAUUAAGCGAUGAUGAUACAGCACAGCCAACCUUGAUGUUGCUGCUCCUGUUGCUGAUAAUCAUGACGCCACUGUAGGUGAGUUUGUUCAUGCUUCCGUUGCUUUGAGCGCUGUUGGAACGUCAUGUCUCGAAGGUUGAGGAGCCUUGCAAAGCUCCACCCCGGGUUUUGCCAGUCUCAGAUCACGCAUGGCCCGUGCAGGUGGACUCGUGAAUGGAUCAUUUGAACAAACACAAAGACAACGUGCGUUGGACGUGAUGGCGAUGAUGCUGCUGGAGACAGCUCUGAUGACAAAGCCACUGGCACAGCAGCCCAGUUAGAAGUUGUUGUCGUAUCGCUCCGUGUGCCCCGCGUCCUUACUCAAAGACGUCGGCGGUCGUGGCCUUCCCCUCCAUUCAGCCCUGGCCGUGAUAUCCACUCAAUAACUUUGCAAUGGAAUACGACUCCCAGCUGCACUCCACUCUUCACGCUGCCCGUUGCAAUUUAAUUCGCUGUCUUCUCGGACUUCCUGUGGCACCUCUAAUAUCCCCGGUCAAAUUUAAAUCUUGACUUAAAGCUUUUGUGACUGCAGGAAUUCAUAUUCUUUAUUUUCUUUGUUGUUCUACGUGACUUUACCGAAAGACCCAAAGAAUAUGAAUUUAGUCUCAUGUUCUCUCGCCGCAAGUCAAAGAAAUUCAACUUUUCCUUUCUCUAAUUAGACGUGUUAAUUGACAAUAUUUGUAUCUGCUAUCCGUAACCCAUUAAUGUUAUGGCUCUUUAUGUGAGAUUUUGGGUCUCUGUGUUAGCCAAUUGGUCUCUAGCACUUGCUGAUCAGGAUGGCGAAGCCGCUUGCCAUCACAAUGGUUCCAUCCACCUGCUCGCGUUGUCACCCGAGACUGGAACAAAAAAACCCCGAGAUGGGGAUCUAGUUCUCCUCAACGUGGAGCAAAUCAGCAGCCGCGACUUAAUGGGUCGUGGGGAGACGUCGAGAUGAGUGGGCCGACUUUGUCGAUGGGCCGAGCACUGGAGUUGUUCUAUUGAUUCAGUCAUUGAGGUUCGUGCGUCGACAUGUGUCAGGACUCUUGAUGAUCAUGAUGUUCCGUGUCGUCGAGGGUCCAAUUGCCUGAGAUAUUAUUAGCACAAACGCGUGUCUCUCUGCGUCUCUCUUGCCUUGUGCUCUGCAAAAAUACAGACUGUGAAGUUGUGGCCCCCGCUUAACCAAAUGCCGCUGCUCUGUCCCGUUAAUUACGCUCCGGGUGGCGGUCAAACGGAAGUGGCCCACCUGGUGGGGUUCAGUUGAACGGGCGAGGGGUGAGUGCAGUGGAGUUGGCGAUUGGGACGCGUGCGCUUCUCGCCUUAUUUUCAGCUUCGCCGAUUCGUCUUGAACUCUCAGGACGAAUUCGAUGAUUAGCCGCGUCGGGUGCGGAAAAUCGAGAUCGAGUCUCCCCUCCCCCCUCCCGGUUCUCCCGUUUACCCGCCGCUGGAUAGAGACCCACACUGUGUCAUCCUUUGUGCGGCAAAAGAACCCUCGCCCCCAUACCUGCAUAGGCUGAGAUUUAAACUUCGAUUGUCAAUGUUAUUUCGUUUACGUUCAAGUAACUGCAGUUAAUUAAGGGCUUUCAGUGAAUUUUGUCUCUUUACUAGGCGAACGCUUAAUGACCGAGAGGGGAAGGGGCUUCACCCCCUCAACCCCCCAGGGGGGUGUGGUGGGGGGAGGGGGGGUUACAUGGGGGGAACUGGUGUCACGUGACUCACGCGCCGUGCCGUCAUUUUGUUGGUCAGUGCUUUACGUGGACGCCCAAGAUGGCGGCGCCUCUGCCUUUAAUCCGCGUGCUUCGCAUGGUCUCGCGAGGUAUUGUGAGUGCCCGUGGUCCACGAAUGCUGCACGGACAUCGAUACAUCGACCGAUCAAUGUCAAUCCUCGUGAUCACGCUACAAGCAUCGAGUCGUGUGCGUGAGAAUUGAGUACGACCUGCACAAACAAAUAUGCCAUGAACCCAGUAAACAUGACAACGUUUGGGGCCAACGUUGUCACGUGUUGGGCCAACGCUGGCACGACGUUGGCCCAACGUUCCGUGUUUACUGGGCUGUUCGAGUUCUGCUAUCGGUGCGAACGACAACAGUGGCUCUGGGCAUGAAACAGAACAAAACGAGGAAUGGAACAAUGCGAUGAACAGAUCAAAACUAAGCAAACACAUCGCCUGACCCGAUGAGUAACGAUUAAAACGAAUCGUGGGUGCAGUGGAUGGUUACAUGUGUGUAAGAAUAGAAUAUACACAAUAUUAACAGUAACAAGUAUGCGGAUAAUUGAGGCAUGACGCGACAGUAGCUGUUACGUGUGCUCACGUGAAACUCCGCCUCGUGCCUCGGUUCUCCGCCAGGAACAUUUCGCCUGACCGAACUGCUCGCAUGGCCCUUGUUGUCUUCUGUGAUGAUGAUGAAGCGCUUGCCCAUGCUGAUGCUGCUACUACUGAUGAUGAUGAUAAAUCUACCAAAUGUCUUGAUAGGGGCGGGAGUCGGCCGUGGAGGUGUCAGAAAGUCGACCAAUGUCACCCGUGAAGGUUUCGUGAAAAUCGGGGAUUUUGUCCACCGGUUCAAAAUGUUUCUGGCCUCGUGCUCAACUCCUCACGUGAGUGUGGGCUGGGCUGCCCGAGUAGCGGGCGGGGAUACCUGAGCAGUGUGCGGGCCUAUCUCAUAAAGAGCGAGGGGUAUGCUGCUUCCUGCGUGGGUUGUGAUAGUGAGCUCGUAGGCAUGGUUAUGUAAGAGUGCUUGUGGCUGAUGAAGGUAGGGACUGCCAGAUGUCCAUGUGACCUGAUUGAGCCUCCCAAAAAUAUAUAUAGUAGCUUUACUGAUGAUGAUGAUGAUGAAGAUGAUGCCGAUGACUUGCAAUGAAUUGCACGAUGAAAUUGGGUGUGUUUAGGAUGCAAGGAAUCACAGGAAGUAUUGGUUGAACCACUGUUCAUAAAAAGGCUAAAAGCAUGGAACAUGGCCACUAUGCACCGGCUUCGAGCUGAUUAUGAUUCAUCAUCAAUCCAGUAUAGCAUUGCUACCUUGUGAAAUGACCACGCGUUAAAACGCCGAUGUCAAAAACUCGGUUUCGCCUUGAAUAGGCAUCGUCAGUGGGGUGUAGCACUGCGAGCCUAUAUACGACAAUUGCAUCAAUACCGGUUUCACCUUAUUUGGGAGUGAUCGGUCCAGCGUAGCCCUGCUACUCUGUAAACAACUGAGCUACCACCGAUUUCGCCUUGACUUGGGGCUCACCAGCGCUCCAUAGUUCCGCUACCGAUGCACGCGACACGUUCAUUAACACAGAAUUAUUCGCCUUCUCUGGAGAUCAUCAGCAUAAAGAUGACGCCGCCGCCACCAGACAAUGCUGCCGCGUACCCUUUGCCCCCCCCCCUCCCCGAGUGAUGACGUCACCACUCGACUAAUUAACCAAUCAAUUGCCUUGUGAAGUGAAUCAUUAUUAACAUGUCCUGUAGCCAGUUGUGGCGGAAUGAUGGGAUAUCAGAGAGGAGGUGGGGGUGUUUAUUUGUUUUUUUUGGGGGGGGUGCAAUAAACUUGCCCGCUUUAAAAUCCGACGGGAGUGCCAUGUAGCCAUGAAGGCUAUGAAUGUGUGCAACCCCGACCCUCCAAUGUAAUGACAGGGGGGGGGGGGCCUUACCCCGCCCCCUGUAUCCUCGAUGACCCCUCACCCCCCGUUGAUCUCCUCUCAUUCUGCCUCUACAUGCCUGCAGCAUAAUCGUGACUUAAGCGCUCUACUUGCAUGCGUUCGCAGGCUGAUGCAACUGUUGCUGCUACUGCUGCUACUGCUGCUACUGGUAGCGGCGUCUCUGUCAAGUGCUGUUAGGGGUUGUUAGGGUUCGGGCAGAUAUCCCCAACUUCCAGUCCACCCACCCCACUUGUUCGAGUUUACAGAUUUGUCUCCAGUAAAAACUAAAAAAAUUCAAUGAAGCCGUUACACACUGCACGAGCCCGAUGAUUGCUAAACAGGCCACGUGAUUUGAUGGUGAUGCUGCAGCAGCCCGAUUGGAAGUAGUGUACAAGCACAAUUGACAAUAACAACUCAACACAUUCGUCAAUAACUGAGGCCUUAAAGUAAGAUAUAGAUACGUGAAGUUUCGCGCGGUGGCCCUUCUUCAUAGCUCAUCAAAUUCGCCGAUGAGAAGACGAUGUCUCCUUCGGGUAUCUGUAUGGAAGGCGACAUGCAUGUUGUCUGCUUAUCUGCGUUACUUAUAUCCUCCACUACGACGGUCGAUUACGUCAAUUCAAAUUUAAGAUAAACUCCACACAUCUUUCAGGAACAACAAUCCUGAAGAACAAAACAAUAUAUGAUACCUGUCAACCCAUACGGUUUACCCGUAUUAUUGUACAGGGAAAUUGAGUAAAAGAAAUGGGUCUAUUCGUUUGUGUUUCUCCCGUGUGGUGGGACUUUGUAAGAUGAACGUUGCUAUUUAUAAGGGCACGGGAUGACCAAUAAUGUCUGAAUUGGUCUGUAAUGAGGUAAGUACUGAAAGGAGGGUGGCAGGUAUGACAUAUACAUGUAUAAUAUGUGUAAUAAACGACGUUUCAAGCAACAACCCUUCACAGCAGAGAGUUAGAACAUUCGGCUACGUACGGUGCGAAAUAAGGUCAACAUACAUACGAGCGAUAACAUCUGCAGACUGCACUAUACAGUACACCACAGACACCAUGAUGGGACCGCUGCAUUAUAUCAUUGCAUGCGUGGUUCACGUGGGAGGCGUUUCACGAGCAUCGGGCUCGUACUGUGCGCGUUGACCUAAUUUGCAUUUUUCAACGGCCACCAAUCGGGGAGUCGUGGUGUAGCGGGACACCAAUAGGACUCGAGUUUGGGGAGAAAUCCUGGGCUGGGCGGUGGUGGGAGGGUUCGGGUGUGGGAAGAGCUCCCGACUGAGCGGUUGCCGGUCUGGUGGUGGUGGUUGUGGAUGACGGAUGGCGCACUGCAGCAGCCGCUCUGAUUUAACCCCAACUGCGUGUGUGUGUGCCGCAUUCUUAACGAAACGCGUGAUUUGUGUGGUUCAAAGCGUUAACUCCGUCCGUGUUUCCGCCGCGCUUUACGGGAACUUGUAGGUGCAGUACAAUGCCAUAACAAGCGAACAAAUACGUAGGUAAAGAAUAAAUGUACAUGCAUUGA